UCUGUCAUUGCCAUCUCGGCCCGAACAGAGACUGCUCAUUCUCAGCCACUCUGAAUGUAGGGGGGGCAUUAAACUUAUUAACAGAGGAAUAUUUAUUUUCUUCACUACAACGAAAGGAUCAACAAGAGCAAGGAGAAGAGACAGUAAGGAAAAAUCAUUACAGGGAUUUCUUCUUUCAUUUUUUUCCCCCCUUAUUGAAUUAAGAAACACGUGCCAGCCGGUCUUGGCACUUGACUCUUUCUCACAACACAGCGUGAGGUGCUCUUCUCUUUGUUUGCCAUUGUGCAUUUUAGUUUCACUUUGAGAAAGUUUACUGAAUCAAACAACAAUGGUUGCUGGAAUGCUGAUGCCCCUGCAUGACCUGAGGGCCAUCUACGAGAUCCUGUUUCGAGAUGGUGUCAUGGUGGCUAAGAAGGAUAAGAGGCCGCAGAUCAAACACCCAGAAGUACAAAGUGUAAGCAACCUACAAGUAAUUCGUGCCAUGGGGUCUCUUAAGUCCAGGGGCUAUGUAAAGGAAACAUUUGCUUGGAAACAUUUUUACUGGUACCUGACCAAUGAUGGCAUUGUUUACCUGCGUGACUACCUCCACCUGCCCACUGAAAUUGUUCCUGCCACCCUGCAAAGGAUUAGGAAGCCAGCCGCCACUCUGGCCAUUGCUCACCGAGCUGCACGGGUCCAAUCUGUAGAAGGUCCAACGUCUUAUGUUCCUAAGCCGGGACGCAGGGCUGAAGCAGAAAGAAGAGAGGAACUAGCAGAGCGCCAAGGCUACCGCCAUAAGAUGGUGGGUUCUGGAGAAAGAGAGAAUAACCCCGAUAGGACCCCGAGGUUCAGGGGUCGCCCACUGCCUGGAGAACCGGCCAGAGAAAAGGCCUUAUGGGAAGUGGAGGGCCAGCCUCAGGACGUUUUUAGGAAGACCACCGGCUUCAGAAGCGAAACAGCAAUGAUGGAGGAUAACAGGGGGAAAAGAGCCACUCACCAGGAGCUUGAUGUUUACAGCAAGAAGCCCAUAGCAUCACCACAAAAGAGGAGAGCACUAGAGGUCGAAAAAGAGAAGCCAACAAGUUCUGCUCCCGCUCAGACAGCAGCUUUGAAGCAGGAUGUGUCACAGACCGGUCUGACAUCCUCCAAAACAGCCCUACCAGCCCUACCAUUAGCUGUGGCUGCUGUUGCUCAGGCCACAGGUGCUGCAGCAUCAAAGAUUCCAGCUAAGCCCUCUGCUCCCAAAACAAACGAGGAAAUGAAGACCAAGGACUGGCCUAAUAUCGCUGAGGAACAAACUUCUAUCAAGCCUACUCAAAUGAUUACAAGCAAACCAGUUCUCACAAUGCUUCCUGAUUUUGAUACCAAAGAAGACAAAAUGAAAAUGGUUGUUGUGGAUCCAGUUAAAGUUGCAAAUGUGAGUGCUACAGCAGCCAAUGAUCAAGUAAAGCCCCAACAAGUAAAGCCUGUCACUUCAACAGGCUCUGUCAAAGAAACGAGGCUUAAAGUAAAUAAGGAAUUGAUUAAACCCACAGAGGUGAAGGCCCUUCCAGUUUCAGCUGAGUCUAAAAUUAUAAAUGAUAAGGCAGAAAAAGUUACAGAUGCAGCUGCCACUCAGGACACUGCCAAAGCCAAACCUCACAGCGCCACAAGCAAACCAAAGGGCUCCACUAAUGAGGUUAAAGAUUCUAAAACUGAUGAAGUGUCCCUAGAAGUUACUACAGUACAGAAAUCCUCAACACUUGAAGUCAAAUCCACCAUUACUACAGCAACUCUCGCAGCACCUUUGACCAAUGCUGAAGAUGCACAGCCUGUCACAGCAAAAGCUGCAGAGAUGACUGCAGAAGAGAAGAAAACUAAUUCAAAAGCGAUUCCCCCAGUCAGAAAAGAAGCCCCUAAAGGUUCCGUGCAGGAGCCCACAGUAAAAGUGCAAGAUGAAUCAGAUACAUCUCAGCCUCCUCAAAAUGCUGUCACCACAGAGGUGCUUAAAGAAACCAAACAAGCGGUCGAGGGAGGCUCAAAAUCAAAGAGAAAGAAAAAGAAAUCUCAAGCUGAGGCCUUGAAGAGUGUCGAGAGUGCUGAGGGAUCACCUGCAAAUAAGACUGAACCAGUGGCUUCAUCCGAGCCUUUAAUUGUGUCUACCUGCUCAAAGGGAACAAAGACAAACGAGGUUAAAAUACAUACUGACAGAGAGAAAACACAAGAUGUCCCUAAACAAAUAACAGCUUAUUCAGAAGAAGCCUCACUGCCACUAGGACAGAUUCCUGCAGCGCCCCUAGUGGAGGGACAAAUAAAAGAGAAGUCUGAGGAAAGCAAUGCCGGAAAGAUUGCACAGGGACCAUUAUCCCCUAAGGGCGAGUCAAAUGUUACGUCGCCCCAUAUGGAGCCAGUGAAAUCUGAGAAAAUAACUGUGACCAAAGUGGAAACAGUGACAGUGCAGAAAAUAAGUGGAGUGGAGCUCGUGCAAGCAAGCCCUAAAUCUGAGCAGGAAAACCCUGCCCCACUGUCAGAAUCUCAGAAACCCACAAUUGAGGCUAAAUCCGCCAUAAAUACAGAGAAAGCUACACAGGAACCUGUAAAGGGAAAGAAGAAGGGAAAGGGUGGAAAGCAGCCUAAAGAACCAGAGUUAGAGGUUAUAAACACAAAUCCUGUCCCUUUGCCUGAAGCAGAAACAUUGCCAUCAACUGACACUACACCCCUGCAUGAAGCUGCAGUUAAAGACAGCCCUGACAUGGCCUCCGGACUGACAGAAACUAAUGUUUCUUUAAAGAUGACUCUUGAAAGAAUGUGCAGUGAGGAAGUCAGGCAGGCAGCAGCUGUGCUCUCUGAGGCCCCAGCAGACAAAAGGGAGGUGGAGCCAGCCCUGCUCUUUGCAGAAAAAAUCAAGCGGGAGGCUCCAAAACCAGAAACAUCCUCCAGUGUGAAGGAAGCACCCACAGCCGGAGAAUUAGCGUCAGCAGCAAGAGCGCUAACAGCAGAGCCAGCUGCAGCUCAGGCACAGGCCAGCCCACUCUUUGAGCAAGAGGAGCCUCCCAAAGUUGCACAACAUUCGGCCGCUCGGGCAGCAGAGUGCAGCACAGAGGAAAAGCUCCCUGUUUCUGAGGCACUAACGCAGGAGGGAGAGAAGAAGAGGGACUUGAUAGAGGACACACCCUCUGCCACCGCCACGCCCGUGACCCGUCCUGACCAGCCUCACCAGCGGGACACCUGCAAGUUUGAAACAUCUGACAUAGACGAGGCCACCAUGAAGAGGAAAAUAGUAGUAGUGGAGGAGAUUGUUGAAGUAAAGCAGCUCAUUAGUCCGGAGGCAGCUGGACAGCAGUCACCACCUCCACCUGUGGAGUCUGAGGAGCAAGGCGAGGAGCUGGACCUGGAUGUUCUGCAAGAAAUUGCUAUAGAGCGGGCAGUGUUGGCACAGGUGGCAAGGGGCAAGGGACGAGGAGCCUCACCAGAGGUAGACUGGGACCACUCACUGGGGGAGCCAGAGGAGAAGACAUGGCCUAACUUCAUGGAAGAUGAACGAGACAGAGUCCAGAAAAAGACCUUCACAAAGUGGGUGAACAAGCACUUGAUAAAGCAUUCGAGGGUAGAGUCACAGCGUCAUGUGACAGACCUGUAUGAAGACCUUCGAGAUGGACAUAACCUGAUCUCGCUGUUGGAGGUCCUCUCUGGAGAAACACUGCCGAGGGAGAGAGACAUGGCCAGGAGCGUUCGGUUGCCUAGAGAGAAAGGCCGCAUGCGAUUCCACAAACUUCAGAAUGUACAGAUAGCACUGGACUUCCUCAGACAUCGGCAGGUCAAACUGGUUAACAUCAGAAACGAUGACAUAGCUGAUGGGAACCCUAAGUUGACCCUGGGGUUAAUAUGGACCAUCAUCCUCCACUUCCAGAUCUCAGAUAUUCAGGUCAACGGCCAGUCAGAAGACAUGACGGCCAAGGAGAAGCUGCUGCUCUGGUCUCAGAGGAUGACAGAUGGCUACCAGGGCAUCCGCUGUGACAACUUCACCACCAGCUGGAGGGAUGGCAAACUCUUCAAUGCUGUCAUACACAAGCACUAUCCCAGACUCAUCAACAUGGGCAAAGUGUAUCAACAGACCAACCUGGAGAAUCUAGAACAAGCCUUCAGUGUGGCUGAGAAAGAUUUGGGUGUGACCCGCCUGCUGGACCCUGAAGAUGUUGAUGUCCCACACCCAGACGAGAAAUCCAUCAUCACUUACGUGUCCUCCCUGUAUGAUGCCAUGCCGCGCACUGAUGUACACGACGGCAUGAGAGCCAACGAGCUGGAGCUUCGCUGGCAGGAGUACUACGAGCUGGUGACUGUUCUGCAACAGUGGAUCCGUCACCAUGUCAUGAUCUUCGAAGAGAGGAAGUUUCCUGCCAGCUACGAGGAGAUAGAGCUUCUUUGGCGCCAGUUCUUGAAGUUCAAAGAGACAGAGCUGCCAGUGAAAGAGACUGAUAAGAGUCGCUCUAAGCACAUCUACCAGUCCUUUGAGAGUGCAGUGCAUGCUGGUCAGGUCAAGGUCCCUCCAGGCUACCAUCCCAUUGAUGUGGAGAAGGAGUGGGGUCGACUCCACGUGGCCAUUCUUGAGAGAGAACGACUCCUCAGGAUAGAGUUUGAGAGACUCGAGAGACUUCAGAGGAUUUGUGGUAAAGUCCAGAAGGAGUCAGGAAUGUGUGAUGACCAGCUUGCCCACCUGGAGACCCUGCUGCAAACGGACAUCCGUCUGCUGAACGCAGGGAAACCAGCUCAGCACGCAGCAGAGGUGGAGAGGGAGCUGGACAAGGCAGACAAUGUCAUUCGCCUGCUCUUCAAUGACGUGCAGGUACUCAAGGAUGGGCGCCACCCUCAGGCUGAACAGAUGUACCGCAGAGUUUACCGCCUCCAUGAGCGCUUGGUGAAUUUGCGCACUGACUACAAUCUUCGUCUGAAGUCUGCCGUGACUACUGCCCAGGCCCCAAUUACCCAGAGCGUCCAGCAGAAGGGACGGCCCGAGUUGGAUGACGUAACCUUGCGUUAUGUUCAAGAUCUCUUGGCCUGGGUGGAGGAGAACCAGCGCCGCAUCGAUAACGCAGAGUGGGGAUCUGAUCUGCCUUCGAUGGAGUCCCAGCUGGGCAGCCACAGAGGCUUGCAUCAGACCGUGGAGGACUUCAAAUCCAAAAUCGAACGGGCUAAGGCUGAUGAGACCCAAUUAUCUCCUGUCAGCAAGGGCACAUACAGAGAAUACCUGGGAAAACUGGACCUUCAGUAUGGCAAACUACUGAACUCUUCCAAGUUCCGCCUAAGAAAUCUGGAAUCACUGCAUGCCUUUGUCAGCGCUGCUACUAAAGAGCUGAUGUGGUUGAAUGACAAAGAAGAGGAAGAGGUCAACUUUGACUGGAGUGACAGGAACACUAACAUGACAGCUAAGAAAGACAAUUACUCGGGUCUCAUGCGAGAGCUGGAGCUGAGGGAGAAGAAGGUCAAUGACAUCCAGACUUUGGGAGACAGACUUGUCAGGGAUGGACAUCCUGGCAAGAAGACCGUUGAGUCCUUCACAGCUGCCCUGCAGACUCAGUGGAGCUGGAUCCUCCAGCUGUGCUGCUGUAUAGAGGCUCAUCUCAAAGAAAACACAGCCUACUACCAGUUCUUUGCCGACGUUAAAGAGGCUCAGGACAAGAUGAAGAAAAUGCAAGAGAACAUGAAAAAGAAAUACAGCUGUGAUCGCUCUACAACAGCCACACGCCUAGAGGAUCUGCUGCAGGAUGCUGCGGAGGAGAAAGAACAGCUGAAUGAAUUCAAGACUGUGGUGGCCGGCCUGAACAAGAGAUCCAGGUCAAUCAUCCAGCUGAAACCACGAAACCCCACCACUUCCAUCAAAGGCAAACUGCCCAUUCAGGCUGUCUGUGACUUCAAACAGCAGGAGAUCACUGUCCACAAAGGAGAUGAGUGUGCACUCCUCAACAACUCUCAGCCCUUCAAGUGGAAGGUCUUGAACCAUUCUGGACACGAGGCGAUGGUGCCUUCUGUCUGCUUCAUUGUACCUCCUGUCAACAAGGAGGCUUUGGACGGCGUGUCCAGUCUGGAUGCAGGUCAUCAGGGAAUGGUGUCCAUGUGGCAGAUGCUCCAUAUAAACAUGAAGAGUCUACUGUCAUGGCAGUACCUGAUGAGAGACUUCACACAGAUACACUCCUGGAACAUCACAAUGUUAAAGACCAUGAAGCCAGAAGAGUACAGGCUGAUCAUGCGGAAUCUGGAGCUUCACUACCAGGACUUCAUGCGUGACAGCCAGGACUCGCAGCUUUUCGGCCCCGAUGACCGCAUGCAGGUCGAGGACGACUACACCAAGUCCACCCAGCAUUUCGACAACCUGCUUCGCUCCAUGGAGAAAGGAAUAAUGGUUGUUAGGGUUAAAGGUCAACAGAAUGAGACUCUGUGUAAGAACUACAUCUCUGAGCUGAAGGACCUGCGUCUGCGUAUAGAGGACUGCGAGGCUGGUACUGUGGCACGCAUUCGCAAACCUGUGGAAAAAGAGCCUCUCAAAGAGUGUAUCCAGAAGACCACAGAGCAGAAGAAAGUUCAGGGAGAACUUGACAGCCUUAAGAAGGACCUUGAUAAGGUGUCUGUUAAGACACAAGAAGUCUUGGCCUCCCCUCAGCCUUCUGCCUCAGCUCCUGUGCUGCGGUCAGAGCUCGACCUCACUGUACAGAAGAUGGAUCAUGCCCACAUUCUUUCCUCUGUUUAUCUUGAGAAGCUAAAGACUGUGGAAAUGGUCAUCCGCAACACGCAGGGUGCUGAGGGCGUUCUCAAGCAGUAUGAGGACUGUCUGCGUGAAGUUCACACUGUGCCCAGUGAUGUCAAGGAAGUAGAGACUUACAGAGCAAAGCUUAAGAAAAUGCGCACUGAAGCUGAGGGUGAACAGCCAGUGUUUGAUUCCCUGGAAGAAGAGCUGAAAAAAGCCUCUGCCGUGAGCAACAAGAUGGCUCGUGUGCACAGCGAGCGCGACGUUGAGCUCGACCACUUCCACCAGCAGCUGUCCAGCCUCCAGGAUCGUUGGAAGGCCGUGUUCACCCAGAUCGACCUUCGCCAGAGAGAGCUAGAGCAGCUCGGCCGCCAGCUCGGUUACUAUCGUGAGAGCUAUGAUUGGCUAAUCCGCUGGAUUGCCGAUGCUAAGCAAAGGCAGGAGAAGAUUCAGGCUGUGCCUAUCACCGACAGCAAAACGCUGAAGGAGCAACUUGCCCAGGAGAAAAAACUGCUGGAGGAGAUCGAACAGAACAAAGACAAAGUUGAUGAGUGUCAAAAAUACGCUAAAGCAUACAUUGAUACUAUCAAGGACUAUGAACUCCAACUGGUUGCCUACAAAGCUCAGGUGGAACCUCUUGUCUCACCCCUCAAGAAAACCAAACUGGAUUCAGCUUCUGACAACAUUAUUCAGGAGUAUGUAACACUGAGGACCCGGUACAGCGAACUGAUGACUCUGACUAGUCAGUACAUCAAGUUCAUCACAGACACGCAGCGCCGCCUGGACGACGAGGAGAAAGCUGCAGAGAAACUCAAAGCAGAAGAGCGGAAAAAAAUGGCCGAGAUGCAGGCAGAGUUAGACAAACAGAAGCAGUUAGCUGAAGCUCACGCGAAGGCUAUUGCCAAAGCUGAGAAAGAGGCUCAAGAGCUGAAGCUCAAAAUGCAGGAAGAAGUAAGCAAGAGAGAAAUUGCUGCUGUAGAUGCAGAGAAGCAAAAGACCAACAUCCAGCUGGAGCUGCAGGAGCUCAAAAAUCUCUCAGAGCAGCAAAUCAAGGACAAAAGUCAACAGGUAGAUGAAGCGCUUCACAGCCGGACUAAGAUCGAAGAGGAAAUCCGCAUCAUCAGGAUCCAACUCGAGACAACACAAAAACAAAAGUAUACCGCCGAAUCUGAGCUCCAGCAGCUUCGCGAUAGAGCGGCUGAAGCAGAAAAACUCAGAAAGCUUGCCCAAGAUGAGGCCGAGAAGCUCCGUAAACAAGUAAGUGAAGAGACGCAGAAAAAGCGCCAGGCGGAGGAGGAACUCAAGCGCAAAUCUGAGGCAGAGAAGGAAGCCGCUAAACAAAAGCAAAAAGCUCUGGAGGACCUUGAAAAACUCAGGAUGCAGGCCGAGGAGGCUGAAAGACAAGUGAAGCAAGCAGAGAUUGAAAAGGAAAAACAAAUCAAGGUCGCUCAUCAGGCUGCACAGCAAAGUGCUGCAGCUGAACUCCAGAGCAAGCACGUGUCAUUCGCGGAAAAGACCUCAAAGUUGGAGGAAUCACUCAAGCAGGAGCAUGGUGCUGUCCUUCAGCUGCAACAGGAAGCAGAACGCCUCAAGAAACAACAGGAAGACGCAGAAAAUUCCAGAGAAGAGGCUGAAAAAGAGCUCGAGAAAUGGAGGCAGAAGGCUAAUGAGGCUCUUCGUCUGAGGUUGCAGGCCGAAGAAGAAGCUCACAAAAAGACCCUCGCUCAAGAGGAAGCUGAGAAACAAAAGGAGGAGGCAGAGCGCGAGGCUAAAAAGAGAGCCAAAGCCGAGGAGUCGGCCCUGAAGCAGAAAGAAAUGGCUGAAGAAGAACUCGAGAGGCAGAGGAAGAUAGCUGACAGCACAGCCCAGCAGAAACUCACUGCAGAGCAGGAGCUCAUUCGACUCAGGGCGGACUUUGACAACGCAGAACAACAGAGAUCCCUCCUUGAAGAUGAACUUUACCGCCUGAAGAAUGAAGUCGCUGCAGCUCAGCAACAAAGGAAGCAGCUAGAAGAUGAGCUGGCCAAAGUUAGGAGUGAAAUGGAUAUCCUCAUUCAGCUGAAGACUAAGGCAGAAAAGGAGUCCAUGUCUAAUACAGAGAAGAGCAAGCAACUACUUGAGGCAGAAGCUGCCAAGAUGAAGGACCUUGCUGAGGAGGCAAGCAGGCUUAGAGCCAUUUCAGAGGAGGCUAAGCAUCAGAGGCAGAUUGCUGAGGAAGAGGCAGCUCGUCAGAGGGCAGAAGCUGAGAGAAUUCUCAAAGACAAGCUGGCUGCGAUCAGUGAGGCCACUCGCUUAAAAACAGAGGCCGAAAUUGCCCUGAAAGAGAAGGAGGCAGAAAACGAGAGACUCCGGAGGCAAGCUGAGGAUGAGGCUUACCAGAGGAAAGCUCUUGAAGACCAGGCCAACCAGCACAAGCAAGAGAUUGAGGAAAAGAUUGUGCAACUCAAAAAAUCCUCUGAGGCAGAAAUGGAAAGACAGAAAGCCAUAGUGGAUGACACACUCAAACAGAGGCGAAUUGUCGAAGAAGAAAUCCGGAUUCUUAAACUCAACUUUGAAAAGGCCUCAUCUGGAAAACUGGAUCUGGAGCUGGAACUGAACAAGCUGAAAAACAUUGCAGACGAAACCCAACAAAGCAAGAUCAGAGCCGAAGAGGAAGCAGAGAAACUAAGGAAGCUUGCCCUUGAGGAGGAGAAGAGGAGGAGGGAAGCAGAGGAAAAGGUGAAGAAGAUUGCUGCUGCAGAGGAAGAGGCCGCCAGGCAGCGUAAGGUAGCCCUAGAAGAGCUUGAACGGCUGAGGAAGAAAGCAGAAGAAGCCAGAAAGCAGAAAGAUGAGGCUGACAAAGAAGCUGAAAAACAGAUUGUUGUGGCCCAACAGGCAGCCCACAAAUGCAGUGCAGCAGAGCAACAGGUUCAAAGCGUCCUUGCCCAACAGAUAGAAGACAGCAUCACACAGAAGAAGCUCAAGGAAGAGUAUGAGAAAGCCAAGAAGCUGGCCAAAGAGGCCGAAGCUGCUAAGGAGAAAGCAGAAAGAGAGGCAGCUCUCCUUCGUCAGCAAGCAGAGGAGGCAGAACGGCAGAAAGCAGCCGCUGAGAAAGAAGCCGCAAACCAAGCCAAGGCUCAGGAAGACGCCGAGCGACUGAGGAAGGAAGCUGAAUUUGAAGCUGCCAAACGAGCCCAAGCUGAGGCUUCAGCGCUCAUGCAGAAGCAGCAAGCUGACGCUGAAAUGGCAAAGCACAAAAUGCUGGCCGAGCAAACGUUAAAACAGAAGUUCCAAGUGGAGCAAGAGCUCACAAAGGUUAAGCUGAAGCUUGAUGAAACUGAUAAGCAAAAAUCUGUCCUAGAUGAAGAACUCCAGCGCCUCAAAGACGAGGUCGACGAUGCCGUCAAACAAAGGGGCCAGGUGGAGGAGGAGCUGUUCAAAGUCAAGGUCCAGAUGGAGGAACUGCUCAAACUGAAAAAUAAAAUCGAGGAGGAAAAUCAGCGUCUGAUUAAGAAGGACAAAGACAGCACACAAAAACUGCUUGCUGAAGAGGCUGAGAACAUGAGAAAGCUUGCAGAGGACGCUGCUAGGCUUAGUGUGGAAGCGCAAGAGGCUGCACGCUUGAGACAGAUUGCAGAAGAUGACCUUAAUGAGCAACGGGCACUUGCGGAAAAGAUGCUCAAAGAGAAAAUGCAGGCAAUUCAAGAAGCAUCUCGACUCAAGGCUGAAGCAGAAAUGCUCCAGAAGCAGAAGGACUUGGCUCAGGAGCAAGCUCAGAAGCUGCUGGAGGAUAAACAGUUAAUGGAGCAGCGCCUGGAGGAGGAAACUGAGGAAUAUCAGAAGUCACUGGAAGUAGAGCGAAAAAAGCAAUUGGAGAUCUUGGCUGAAGCUGAAAGACUCAGACUUCAGGUUUCUCAGCUCAGUAAAGCCCAGGCCAGAGCCGAAGAAGAUGCUGGUGAUUUACACAAAGCUAUUGCAGGCCUAGAGAACGAGAAGGCUAGACUGAAAAAGGAGGCUGAAGAACGUCAAAAUAAGUCUAAAGAGAUGGCUGAUGCACAGCAGAAAAAAAUUGAGCAUGAAAAGACAGUCCUCCAGCAGACAUUCAUGACAGAAAAGGAGAUGCUAUUAAAGAAAGAGAAACUCAUUGAAGAUGAGAAAAAGAAGCUUGAGAGCCAGUUUGAAGAGGAAGUCAAAAAGGCCAAGGCUCUCAAAGAUGAACAGGAACGCCAGAAACAGCAGAUGGAGCAGGAGAAAAAGACACUCCAGGCUACCAUGGAUGCAGCCCUUAGUAAACAGAAAGAGGCUGAGGAAGAAAUGCUUAGAAAGCAAAAAGAAAUGCAAGAACUCGAGAGGCAGAGACUAGAGCAGGAAAGGAUUCUGGCAGAAGAGAACCAGAAAUUGCGUGAGAAGCUACAGCAGCUUGAGGAUGCUCAAAAAGAUCAGCACACUAGAGAAACUGUCCGUCACAAAGAUGUUAUCCAUCUAACAACGAUUGAGACAACAAAGACAGUUUACAAUGGUCAGAAUGUUGGUGAUGUGGUAGAUGGUAUAGACAAAAAGCCAGAUCUGUUGGCUUUUGAUGGCAUCCGUGACAAAGUACCUGCAAGCAGACUUCAUGAGCUUGGUGUCUUACCAAAGAAGGAGUUUGAUAAACUGAAAAAUGGUGAAACCACUGUUGAAGAGUUAGGCAAGACUGACAGUCUAAGAAGCAUUCUCAAAGGAAAGAAUGCCAUUGGUGGUGUUUUGACACCCUCCAAUCAAAAAAUGUCAAUCUAUCAAGCAUCAAAAGAGAAGAAAAUUACUCCCGGCACAGCCAUGAUCCUUCUUGAAGCACAAGCAGCCACAGGUUACAUGUUAGAUCCAACUAAGAACCAGAAACUUUCUGUUAAUGCAGCUGUCAAGGAAGGACUGAUUGGCCCAGAACUGCACAACAAAAUGCUUUUAGCUGAGAGGGCUGUUGUUGGCUACAAGGAUCCAUACACUGGUGGAAAGAUCUCCGUCUUUGAAGCCAUGAAAAAGGGGCUAAUAGAACACGAUCAUGCAAUCAGAGUCCUUGAGGCUCAGCUUGCUACUGGUGGCAUCAUUGAUCCAAUCAACAGUCACCGUGUGCCCACUGAAACAGCCUAUAAACAAGGACACUAUGAUGCAGAAAUGAAUAAGAUCAUGGAGAACCCAUCAGAUGACACAAAGGGAUAUUUUGACCCCAGCACUCAGGAACCUUUGACAUAUUCUGAGUUAAUGGCAAGAUGCACUACUGACCCUGAGACCAGUCUGUUACUCCUGCCAAUCACAGACAAAGCCGCGCAGUGCUCUAGUAUAUAUACAGAGGAAGAGACCAAAGAUGUAUUUGGCAAAACAACUGUGUCUGUACCAUUUGGUAGAUUCAAGGGAAAGACUGUCACGAUCUGGGAGAUAAUCAAUUCAGAAUACUUUACAGAAGACCAGAAGAAGGACCUUCUCCGUCAGUACAAAACAGGCAAAAUCACAAUUGAAAAGAUCAUUAAGAUUGUUAUCACUGUUGCUGAGGAAAAAGAGAAGAAAAAUGAAAUUACCUUUGAUGGUCUGAGAGCACCCGUGCCUGCUACUGACCUCCUGGAAUCCAAAAUCAUUGAUAAAGAUCUGUACAACAAAUUGCAUAAUGGCAACAUGACCGUCAGUGAGGUGUCUCAAAUGGAGCCUGUCCACAAAGCAUUGAAGGGCACGAACUGUAUUGCAGGUGUAGUCAUUGACUCCUCUAAGGAGACAAUGUCCUUCUAUCAAGCCAUGAAGAAGGACAUGAUGAGGCCCGGGCCUGCCUUGAACUUGCUUGAAGCCCAAGCAGGUACAGGCUACUUGGUCGACCCAGUUCACAAUCAGAAGUAUACCGAUGAUGAAGCUGUCAAAGCAGGUGUCGUUGGUCCUGAGCUGCAUGAAAAGCUUCUGUCUGCAGAAAGAGCUGUUACAGGCUACAGAGAUCCAUACACUGGAAAAGCUGUAUCUCUAUUCCAAGCAAUGAAAAAAGAUCUCAUACCUAAAGAACAAGGACUCCGCUUACUCGAUGCCCAAAUGACAACUGGUGGCAUCAUAGAUCCAGUAAAGAGCCAUCGCAUUCCUCAUGAUGUGGCUUGCAAGAGAAACUAUUUUGAUGAUGAAAUGAAGCAGGCUCUGAGUAAUCCAAAUGAUGAAACUAAAUGCUUCUUUGACCCCAACACAAAAGAAAAUCUCACAUACUCUCAGCUCUUUGACAGAUGUGUCACUGACAAGAAAACUGGUCUGCGGGUCCUGCCUCUUUCUGAUGAAGCAAUCAAUGCUAAGGAACAACCAGCAUAUACCGAAGCCCUGACCAAAGAGGCUAUGACUCAGGCUACUGUAGAAGUUAACUCUGGACCAUUUAAGGGCAGGAAAAUGACCCUGUGGGAAAUUAUCAACUCUGAAUACCUCACUGAGGAAGAGAGACUUGACCUGCUCAGACAGUUUAGGUCAGGAAAAAUUACAAUUGAAAAGAUAAUUAAGAUUAUCAUCACAAUUGUAGAUGAGAAAGAAGCCAAGAAACAAGAACAGUCCAGCUUCAAGGGACUCAGAGCUCCUGUCCCAGCAGACUCCCUGUAUGAAUCUAAAAUCAUUGACAAACCAACCUUUGACCUGCUUCAACAAGGCAAAACUACACCCAAGAAAGUCAGUGAAAAUCCCAAUGUCAGUAAAUACCUCCAGGGCUCUAGUAGCAUUGCUGGACUCUACCUAAAACCAACAAAAGAGAAACUCAGCAUUUAUCAAGCUAUGAAGAAAAAGCUUCUCCGCCAUAACACUGGCCUUUCACUUCUCGAGGCUCAGGCUGCAAGUGGGUUCAUUGUAGAUCCUGUAAGAAACCAAUGCCUGUCAGUAGAUGAAGCAGUAAAGUCAGGAGUUGUUGGUCCAGAGUUACAUGAAAAACUCCUCUCUGCAGAAAAAGCUGUCACUGGUUACAAAGAUCCAUUCACAGGCAACAAAAUCUCCCUCUUUGAAGCAAUGCAGAAAGAUCUAAUCUUAAAAGAACAUGCGAUGCCCCUAUUGGAGGCCCAGAUUGUAAGUGGAGGAAUUAUUGACCCUGUAAAAAGCCAUCGUGUCCCCACUGAUGUUGCAUAUCAGAAGAACAUUUUGAGCAGAGAUAUUGCCAAGACCCUCUCUGAACCAUGUGAUGAAAACAAAGUUUUCUCUGACCCAGAAACUGAUGAGACUAUAACCUACAGACAACUUAAAGACAAAUGCCAAAAAGAUAAAGACACAGGCCUGUACAUGCUCUCACUCUCCAAGCCGCAGUCUCCAACUGUUGUAGAGAAGACAUACCUCUACACAGAGGAGCAAACACAGAGUGAGCUGUCCGGUACCCAGCUUGACAUUCCUAUUGAGGGGCUUGCUGAUAAACCCAUAAAUCUCUGGGAUAUCAUGAACUCAAAUUUGCUUCCAGAGCAAGAGAGGCAGAAGCUCCUAGAUGAAUAUCGCUCUGGUAAAAUCACUAAAGAGCGGAUGAUCAUCAUCAUUAUUGAGAUCAUGGAGCAAAGAGAGAUCAUCAGAAAUGAUAAUCCACUAUCAUAUAUGACUAUAAGGAGAAGGAUAACUAUUGAGGAGCUCUACAAUGCUCGCAUCAUUGAUUUGGAAACAUACAACCUUCUUAAACAGGGCAAGAGAGACAUCCGUAACAUAAUGGAGUUGACAAGUGUAAAGCAGUAUCUUUAUGGAACAGGCUGUGUUGCAGGCGUCACAACAGACUCGAGCUCCAAGCUAAGCAUAUACCAAGCAAUGAAGAGAGGUUUUAUUAAACCAGAAAUAGGCCUCACCCUCCUAGAAGCCCAAGCUGCUACAGGAUUCAUUGUUGAUCCACUGAAGAACGAAACGCUCACUGUUGAUGAAGCUGUCCGUAAGGGUGUUGUUGGCCCUGAGAUCCAUGAUAAACUUCUUUCAGCUGAAAGAGCUGUCACAGGAUACAAAGAUCCCUACAGUGGAAAAACCAUAGCACUUUUCCAGGCCAUGAAAAAGGAUCUCGUUCCAGAGGAUUAUGCUCUCAAAAUGUUGGAGGCACAAACUGCCACUGGUGGUAUUAUUGAUCCUGAAUUCCAGUUCCACCUGCCAACAGAUGUCGCUAUGCAAAGAGGCUAUAUCAACAAGGAAACCAAUGAGAAACUGAAUGAUGAUGUGAAAGGAUUCAUUGAUCCUGUCACUGAUGAGAAACUGUCAUAUGCACAGCUACUCAAACGAUGCAAGUUGGAUGGUGGAUUGCGCCUGCUUUCAUUGGGAGACCAGCGGCUGACAUUCAAGGGUCUGAGAAAACAAAUCACAAUUGAGGAGUUGAUUCGCUCACAAAUCAUUGAUCAGCAGACUGUCACUGACCUGAAUGAAGGUCUUGUUUCAGUAGAGGAGAUUAGCAAUAGGCUAUCAAGGUACCUGCAGGGCACAGGCUGUAUUGCUGGUGUAUUUUUGGAGUCCACAAAGGAACGCCUGUCAAUUUACCAAGCUAUGAAGAAGAACAUGAUUAGGCCAGGCACUGCAUUUGAACUCCUUGAGUCCCAGGCAGCCACAGGAUAUGUUAUCGAUCCAAUCAAAAACCUCAAACUGACUGUCAAUGAAGCAGUAAAGAUGGGAAUAGUAGGCCCAGAAUUCAAAGACAAGCUUCUCUCUGCUGAGCGUGCAGUAACAGGAUAUAGAGAUCCUUAUACAGGCAAGACAAUCUCUUUGUUCCAGGCCAUGAAGAAAGGGCUUAUCCUAAAAGAUCAUGGUAUCCGUCUACUCGAAGCUCAGAUUGCCACUGGCGGAAUAAUUGACCCAGAGGAAAGUCACCGUCUGCCAGUUGAGGUGGCUUACAAUCGUGGCUUCUUCGAUGAGGAAAUGAAUGAGAUACUGACAGAUCCAUCUGAUGAUACCAAAGGCUUUUUUGAUCCCAACACUGAGGAAAACCUAACCUACCUCCAGCUGAUGGAGAGGUGUAUCACUGAUCCUGACACUGGCCUGGUGCUUCUGCUACUCAAAGAGAAGAAGCGGGAAAGAAAGACCUCUUCCAAAUCCUCAGUACGUAAACGCAGAGUUGUCAUUGUAGAUCCAGAGACUGGCAAAGAAAUGACUGUGUAUGAGGCCUACCGCAAGGGGCUCAUUGACCACCAAACCUACCUGGAGCUUGCUGAGCAGGAGUGUGAAUGGGAAGAAAUCACAAUGACUUCUUCUGAUGGCACUGUAAAAUCCGUCAUUAUUGACAGGAAGUCAGGAAGACAGUAUGAUGUUGAUGAUGCUAUUGCACGUGGCUUUAUUGACCAGAAGGCUCUUGAAACAUACCGAGCUGGAAACCUGUCCAUCACAGAGUUUGCUGACUUGCUUUCUGGAAACAUGGGAGGCUUCCGUUCACGAUCAUCCUCAUUUGGUUCUACCACUGGUUCCACUUACUCCUCUUCAAUGAGCCCCCUACCAACAAUUAAACCACCUGCAGUCAUAUGGAAUGACCCAACAGAGGAGACUGGCCCUGUAGCAGGAAUAUUAGACAUAGACACAUUGGAAAAAGUGUCUGUCACUGAGGCAAUCCACAGAAAUCUGGUAGAUAACAUCACUGGUCAAAGACUGUUGGAGGCCCAGGCAUGUACAGGUGGAAUAAUUGACCCCACAAGUGGAGAGAGAUACUCAAUUGCAGAGGCCACAGAAAAAGGUCUUGUGGACAAAGUCAUGGUUGAUCGUCUGAACCUGGCUCAAAAAGCAUUCAAUGGAUUUGAAGACCCCAGAACUAAAGUGAAGAUGUCUGCCUCCCAGGCGUUGAAAAAGGGCUGGCUGUAUUAUGAGGCUGGUCAGCGUUUCCUUGAGGUCCAAUAUCUAACUGGUGGACUCAUUGAGCCUGAUGUUGAGGGCAGGGUGUCAAUAGAUGAAUCCAUUAGGAAGGGUACAAUCGAUGCUCGCACUGCCCAGAAACUGAGGGAUGUCAGUGCCUAUUCUAAAUAUCUGACCUGCCCAAAAACCAAACUGAAAAUCUCCUUCAAAGAUGCCAUGGACAAAAGCAUGGUUGAGGAAGGCUCCGGCUUAAGGCUUCUGGAAGCCUCUUCACAGUCUAGCAAAGGCCUCUACAGUCCCUACAAUGCUAGUGGCUCUGGAUCGGCUUAUGGCUCCCGGACUGGCUCAAGAACCGGAUCCCGAUCAGGCUCCAGGAGAGGCAGUAUUGAUGCUGGCUCUGGCUUCAGCAUGAACUUCUCAUCUUCCUCCUUUACAUCUUCUUCUGGCUACAGCCGCAGAUUCUAGAUAUUAUAUAUUGACUAAAAACCAGCAGUACUAAUGCACUUUACAGUUGCAUUUCUAACAGGAAAUAAAUAGUUAAAGUAACAGAAAAUAUAAUUUAUUUGUUCUUCCCUGCAUGUGGCCAAAACAAGAAUUGUCUAGGUUAUUACUUUUUCUUAUAACAUCAGUCUAAACAUACGCUCUAGAUGUAGAGACAUAACCAGGCAUUGCAAAAUAUAUAAAAUAUUCAUAUCUUCUGGUACAGAUGACAAAGUGAGUUUAUAUUUUUCAAAGCAAAGCAUGCCUUUUCUGCUGUUUGAGUUUAUAGUUUUUAUAUAACACAAUUCAAAAGAUGUAUACUUUAUACUUUCUGAAACUAAUAUAUACUUCCUGUAUAUCAAACAGAAAUAUUUCUUGAAUAUUUCAUGUUUCCUUAGAAAUUUUGUUUAUUUUUUAUCUUUUUCAACAGUACUGGUAAAGAGAUACCAAAUGUUAACAUAAUUCUAAUGUUUUUAACCAAAAUAUUUGGAUGCAUUUAAAAUUCCUGAAUGUUUGUAAAGAGUAUGCACAGAGUAUGUGUUAAUUUUUUAAUGUUACAAAUUGUCUGGGUUACUGCAUUAUGCACCCAGUAAAUUGCAGCACAGAAUACAUCUGCGACACUACACAAAGAGACACUAUAGGAAUGCAACAAGUUCCACAAUUAAAUCCAUGUACACUGUUCUGAAAUCAGUUUCAGAUCUGUCAUUACUUUGCUUUUACACCCAUUUAUAUUCAGUAUGUGUUUUCAUCCUUUGAGUUAACUGCACCAUUGUUUUACACACUGCUCAUAACCAUCAUCACUCAAGUGCUCCCACUAAAUCCCAAGAUGAUGUCAGACUCGAUCCCGAUCCCCUCCACAGACCUGCUCCUGUUAUUUUGAUUCUUCUGCCUCAGUCACUCAGAAUCCAACAUCUGGUCACAUAUACUCAACUGGCUGGAGAAUACGAUCUUCUAACCUUGGAUGGAUCUGUGAGUCCAUGCCAGCCUCAUGCUGUAACACAGAUACCAUUGAGUAUGUCCUUUCUUCCAUUGUACAUCACUGUUGAAGGAAGCUGAGGCUGAGUCAACAUCAUCUUGGGAAGCCUUUCUAGGAACACUUCAUUUAUUACCAUUUGUCAUGUAUUUAUUACUUGAAUGCUAAUACUGAUAUUUAUGUUAUAUCCUGGCAUUUUUAGAGAAAAGCCACUCAGAAUAAAAACAUUUAUGUGUACAUUUCAAUCGAGACAAUACAUCAAGACUUUUUUUUUGCUAUUCCUGACUACAUAUCCAGUUCAACUGAAGUGCCUAUGAAAGUAAUUUGGAGAACUGAGAUAUUGAUUCAGCACCACAUUGCAUGAAUUUAUGUUUUUUCAAAUUAAUUCCUUUCUUUUGCCUUUUUUUUUUUUUUUUUUGCUGCAAAUUUCCUUUUUUGCAGAUUCAAAGACAGCACAAAGAAUAAUUGUGCUUACAGUUAUUUUCUCAAAUGACCUAUUUCUGUUAUGCAUCUUUAAAGUUUUACUGCUGUAAAUCUUUUUGUUUUCAUGAUGGUUUUGAUAUUAUGAAUGUCUUGCAUGUUUUACUAACCUUUUAAAGGAUAUUGGGGGGAAAAAUGUUGGUGUAAAAUAAAAGCAACUUCAGUAAGUGUUAAGUGUGCCAAUUUAAGUUUCAGCAAUAUAUAAAACGACAAACUAACUGGUUGGAUUUUGUUAUGGGGCAGAUGUUGCUUCAGCGACAUGACAAAAAAACCUCUUGUAUGUGAACUUAACACUAUGUUGUAAAUAAACGUGCUCUGAAGAAGCA